AAAAAUAAACACGUUGCCACAUGUACACAUUGUAUACCUUUUGUUAUUUCAUUUUGGACAAGGUAUCGUCUCGCUAUCAUCGCCCUGUGUUUAACCAAAAUAUUCAAGAAAUAAACAUAAAAUCAAAAAACAAGCAAACAAAAUCAGUCUCAAAAGACUCAAAAGUCGUCACAAAAUCUCCUCAAAAUCUAAAGUUUUUGUUAGAGCCCGCGAUCAAAGGCGCCUUUGUGACCAGUCUUUCUCUUCCAUCGCCAUCUUUGUUUUUCGUUCCACUCCACUGUCCUCGUAUUUUCCUGUCUUUGCUCUAAAACGGCUCACGAAAUAUGAGAAAAUGCAGAUCUUCUCUGGACGAACACCUGCAAUUGUACGUUUGGCGUGAUACAUGAGGUAUUUUUAAUCACAAACUUGUUGGUUGGAGAGCGCGGCAUACCUGACAACCAUUCUAGAGUAUUAAACAGAAAAUAUCAGAAGUGACAACACCUGCUCUAUAGUGGUAGUUAAGCUAAUAACCUAAAGGUUUAAGCAUGAUUCUGUGAAGAAUUAAUUGCAAGCUUAUCAUGGGAGAAGCCAAAGGAGCAGGAAAAGACGUUAUAAAGCAAACGCAAAAAAGUUCGAAUGAGUUGUACAAGUUCGUGGAUUUGAAUGGAGGAGGGAACCUUGUGGAUGCAUUUAGGAGAGCUCAAGCUACGAAAAACUUCAGCGAAGUCGAAAAACUCAUCGAGGGGUUUCGCGAAAAGUUUUUAUACAACAAUGGUGCUGGAAAGGCCAUCGAAAUAAGAGAGCUUGUGCAUUGGAGAAGACAGAGUCGCGAGGAUAAGGUGCCUUCGAAGAAAGAAAACGCUGUUGUGUCUUUCCUCACCAAGUGCACCAGUCGAGUUGAAAAUACAAUCGAAAAUGUUGGUAUGGAUAAUUACGAAUUAACUGAAAAUACUGGCAGUACCACAAGACCUGUCUGCUGGGAUAUUGACCAGCGUGCUGCUGUGGGAGAAAACAUUCUUCACUUGUGUUUCCUGAAUGCCACUUGUGUACAUUAUGAAAUUGCCAAGAUCAUCAUUAAGAAGUAUCCACCUCUUGUCAAUGAUAUUUACAUCGGUGAUGAGUUUUAUGGGGAGAGUGCCCUGCACAUGGCAAUAGUGAAUGAAAAUCAAGAAAUGGUUCAUUUCCUUUGCAAGCAUGGUGCUGACAUUCAUGAGCGUGCCUAUGGGGCUUUCUUUUGCCCGGAGGAUCAGCGAAAAUCAAGGAAAGAUCAUCCUGUUCAGGAGGGUAUUGUUCUUAGUGACGAGACCAAUUAUGAAAGCAACACAUACUGGGGAGAAUAUCCAUUGUCAUUUGCAGCAAGCCUUGGCUUGGAGGAUAUGGUGCGCUACUUGUUAGUGAAAGGAGCAUGCCCCAAUAAACAGGAUACAAAUGGCAACACUGUCUUACACAUGAUGGUUAUACACAACAGGAUGGUAUGAGAUUAAAUAUUGAUCUUAAAGGAGCUACGUCACAGUUUCACAUCUAGUAAAAAAUUUAAAAUUUGUCAUUUUGUAUCAUCCAUCUAGUAAACUACAUUUUCAGGUUUUCUUCAGUGUAAAGGUAAUGUUGUAUGUGGCCAAAAUAACUCAAAAUGCCAUAACUGAGCUCUUUUAAGAUUGAUUGUGUUCUAUUAUUUAGCAUCAAUGGGACACAACAACUGACUAAUAACACAUGUGCAUACCUAGAAAGCCGCGCACAUGACAAGUACAUGCAUGUGUAAGCACCAAUAAUUUUUAAGGUCAUUGGCUACAUUGUAUUGAAGUACAUAGAUUUGCAUGAGAUGUGGCUAGCACUUCUUGGACUGAAGGUCCAAGUGUUCUAAGAAAUGUGUGAGUGGGGCAUGUUAA